CGGCUGCCGUUUCUUCUCUUCCGGGGCCGGGAGGUCAGCCGGGAGCCGCCGGAAGCAGGGGCAGGCCGCCUCCACGCAGUCCCGCAGGCGUUGCCGGCGCCCUUUGCUGGCCGUCGAGGCUCGCCAUUCCUUCAGCCUGGAGAUCCGGUCCCGCAGCCAGGUGCGCAGCCGUCUCCACGACUGCUUCAGCCUCCGCCACUGGAGCCGGCCCGGCGGACGCGGCAUCGUCGUUCGGUUCGCUCUCGGUCUGUGAGGACGGAGAGCAAGGGGAAGGAUGUGGAGGCUUUGGAGAGGGUCACCGGGAUGCUGCCUGGAUCAGAAGCCAUCCAGCAUUAUCUCAGCAUUUUCUGUCCUUCAAACUUCAAUCGUUUCCUUUGGAGUGAGCCCUCGGAAUUCCGGAUUUCCAAGAUUUUCUUCGGCUUUGCGAUUGGAGCAAUAUUUAGUAUUGGUUUCUACUUCCUUGUUGUGGACCGGCUGGACCUUUACGAGGAGAACAAGAUUUAUAUCCUCUAUGGAUUGUCCAGUGUCAUGGCUUUGGGCUGGAGUAUCUCAGCAUACUACCGGUGUGCCAUUCUGGUCAUGUUGCCGAACAUGCUGGGUGGGGAAGGCCGUGGGAUCCUGCUCCUGCUUCUCAUCAGCGCCAUCAUGGAAGGGCCCGUGUCGAACAUCGAGAAGAACAUCGAGGUGGUGAGUGAGUCCGUGGGCUGCACCGUCGAGCUUCAGAUUAACCACACCAAGCUGCUGUGGAAGAUGAUGCUCUUGCCCAUGAAGAACAUUAUCCUCAACAUGAUGGAUGACAGCCAGAAAUUUGGCAAAGGCACCAUGGAGGUAAAAACAUCUUUCAGUGAGGUCAACAACCAGAUCAUCUCAAACGAGGGCUUUGAUAUCUCCGAGGAGCAGAGCAACACGGAAAGAAACAUCACCACGCAGAAGCUCUUCGAACAGAACACAAAGAAGCGUUGUGAAGUCAUUGUUACAAAAGCGAUCCGUCGUUGCAAGCUGUGGUUCGAGUCGAAACACAUAGCGUGCCUCGACAAAAUACCUAUCCCUAUCUUCAAUCACCUCUUCUGCGUCCCGAUGGUAUUCGAUUUUAUGUGUAACAUCAUGAAAGCGAUGAACCCUUGGUGCAAGGACCGGGUCCCAGUGGACUCUAACUUUGGCCAACUCUAUGAUAAAGUUAAUGGCUCAGUGGAGAAGCUAAACCAGGACUUCACUGCUGAAAUGGCUGUCAAUACAACAGAGCAGGAAUCUAUAUUUGGUGCCAAUGUAACCAGAGCUGAAAUUACUCAGACUGUGCAUGAAGAGCUAUUGAAGAAGAGAACCCUCUUGGAGAAAUUCAUUUCCGUGAUCAAGCUAUUGAUAUCGUUCUAUUUUUUCAUCCUCUUUAUCUCAGCCUUUCUGUACAUCUAUAAAUUCAACAAGGACAUCCGUUAUGACAAUAUUUACAUCAGUACGUACUUUCGACAGAUCGAUGCCAGGCGCAGGAUCAUGGAUCGAAGAUACCUGCUGCCUUUGAGGAAGGCGGAACUACGUGAUGUGAUAUUCCCCUGGCAACUGAGAUUCCACUCUGAAGAGUUGAGAACCCUGGUGAUAGGAAUUGUACAGUAUAUUCCAAUAAUCCUGGUUCUGAUCACGCUCUUUGUCCUUGACUGGCUGCUGUUCACAAUGCUGGACAUCAUUCAGAGGCACAGUUACUUGGAGUACAACUUCAGUGAGAGCCACCAUUUGGAGAUCGAGGUUCGUGGGAACUCCACCCUGGCCAACCUAAUCCGCAGAGCCGUUGUCGCCUUCAACAACACCAUUGACAUAAAGACAGUGUCCAACAACUUGCACUGUCUUCCCAAGCCACACAAGAUGAAGCAGUCCAGUAUAUACCUCACCUUACUUCCCAUGGCCGGGAUCAUCCUCUUCUGCUUCCUGCAGGUCUACAGCUACCGACUACGCAGAGUUAUUGCCGCUUUCUGCUUUCCCAAGCGUGAGAAGAAGCGAGUACUGUUCCUCUAUAAUGAGUGGCUGCGGAAGCGGAUCACGUACGCUGAGACCCAACGGAAGAAAAUCAUUAUGCAGGCCCGCAUGAAGCAACUACGGGUAAGUGAUGGCCAGAAAAGUUUACCCUCAACUCUGUAA